AUGCAUCCGCAAAUGCAAACUCUACUACUUCUGCAAAUGCAACUGUCGUUGCAAAUGCAACUACAAUUGCUACUGCACAGCAAACUUCCAAUGUUCCAACAACUGCUCUGGAAAAAACAAAUGCACCUUCAGCAAUUGCAACUGCGAGAGAAACAUCCGUGUAAAUGCAACUACAAUCGUAUAUUUACUGCUAUUAUUACGGCAAUUGCAACUUUAAAUGCAACUGUAACAGCAAAAGCAACUGCAGCUGCACUAGCAACGGCAACUAAACAUGCUACUGCCACUGCAACUGCGCAUUCUACUGCAACUGCAACUGAAACUGCAAAUAGAACUGCAUCUGCCACCUCAACUGCAAUUACAACUGUAAAUGCAACAGCAAAUAUACAGGCAACUUUAGGUAAACUAGCAACUGCCACUGAAACUGCAGAUUCAACAGGAUCUGCUACUGCAACUACACAUGCAACUGCACAUGAAACUUUAAAUAAAUCUGCAAAUGCGAGGGCUACAGCAACGAACACUGCACAAACAACUGCUAUAGCUACUGUACAUAAAACUGCAAUUGCAACUACAGCAUCACAUUCAACCGCAACUAAGAUUACAUGUGUAACUGCAAAUGCACAUGUUACUGCAACUAGAACAACAACUGCGACUGAAACAGCAACUACACAUGCUAUAGUAACUGCAACUAGUGCAACUGCAACUGCAACUGCCACUGCAAUUGCUACUGCUACUUCUUCUGCAUCUACAUUUGCAACGGUAACUGCAAAUGCCACUACAAAUGCUACUUCACAGAAAACUGCCAAUGUACAUGCACCUGCUACUCCAAAUGCACAUAAAACUGUCACUGCGCAUGCAACUAAACUAGCACAUGCAACUUCUUAUAAAACUGCCACUGGAAAUACAACAGCAUUUGCCACUGCAACUUUUACUGUAAAUGCAACUGCUAAACAACAUGCUACUGCAACUACACAUACAAGUAAACAUUUAACUGCAACUAAAACUGCAUAUAAAAAAGCGUCUGUAAAAGCUACUUUAUCUCUAACUGCAACUCCACGUUUUACUUUAACUGCAAUUGCAGCUGCGACUGCAAAUAAGACUGCAACUAAAACUGCAAUUGCCCAUGACACAGCAACUAUAAUGACAACAGCACAAUUAACUGCAACUUUAACUGCACAUCUACACAGCAAAGAAACUAAAACUGCAAAAGUAACUACUAUUACACAUAAAACUGCUACUGCAAAUGCAACUGUAAAUGCAGCUAAACAUGAAAGUAGAAAUAAAAUUGCUAUUGAUACUGCACAUAUACCUGCAACAGCAACUGCUGCUACAAUUGAACAUGCUAGUGUAACUAAACAUUUCACUAAAACUCAAAAUGCAAAGUUAACUGCAACUGCAAAACAACAUGCGAUUGCAACUGCAUAA